AUGCCUGACUCUGAGCUGAACAGCCCGGCGUCUUCGUCCGCCUCGCCGCCGCCAUCGCCGACCACGGCGGGAGGCGGAGUUCUGGAGAAGAGGGAGAGGGAUUCCGGAGGCAAUGGCGCGGGCGGCCGGCACCGGGGGUACCGCGGCGUUCGGAUGAGGGCGUGGGGGAAGUGGGUGUCCGAGAUCAGGGAGCCGCGCAAGAAGUCGCGCAUCUGGCUGGGCACCUUCCCGACGCCAGAGAUGGCGGCGCGCGCGCACGACGCCGCCGCGCUCGUGGUGAAGGGCCCUGCAGCCGUGCUCAACUUCCCGGAGCUGGCCUCGUCCCUGCCGCGCCCGGCCUCCGCCGCGCCCCACGACGUGCAGGCCGCGGCAGCCCGCGCCGCGGCCAUGGACCCUGCCUCUGUGGGCGCGGGCGUGAGCACGGAGCCAAUGCCAGCGGCUGCGACGUCGCCCCUGUGGCGCCGCGGACAGAUGUCGAGCCAGGUCGACGACGAGCUUGAGGAAAUCAUCGAGCUGCCAUCCAUCGACGAGGACAUCGCGGCCGCCGUUGAGGUCGCGUUCGGGGGCACGUUCUGGGAAGACCCCGUCACCGAGCCGUGGUACGAACCAGCGUGGCUGGGGGAGCACGCGGGCAUUGGCUCGCACGACGAGCUGGCCGUGCCCGCGCUCGGUCUGGAGCCGUACCAGUUCUGGGGGCAGCCCGAUGGCAUCGCCGCGUCCGGGUUCGGUGCGCUCUUGUGGAACCUGUAA